AUGUCUUCCCAAAAGCAGGUCGUUCCCGAACCCAUCAUUGUUGAAGACGCAGAGGAGACCUACGACAUGUUCCUUGAUCAAGACGAAGAUCCAUCUGAUAGCCAAAACCCAGGGCUUUCUCGCAAUGAAUAUACUGGAAUGGAUCGGUCCAACAUUUUGAAUGGCGACAGGACUCGCCACGCGAUGCCGCAGUCGCAGAGCCAAUAUGAUGAGCGGGAUGAGGAUGAUUUGCCUGAUUCGGAAUGA